GUUACGGCUCAUGAACACUAGUGACGUUGCAGCCAGUGCGCGUUCUCGUGGAGCUUUUCCGGUGGCGUUUCCUGUGUUUGUAAACUGACCUGAGCUGCAAUAAAAGAGCGAAAUUGAGCAGUACUAAGAAAAGACAUUGCUGCCCCAUGAUAGAGUUCGGUGAGACUUGUGUGACACUUGGUCCAAACUGACGUCUCAUCUACACAUCUCGCCUGUCUCUCAACCGCUGUCCACCACCAUGUCACACAUACCCGGCAGCUCGGUCCGGGACCACAUGAAAUGGGCAGGGCUGUUGGGUUGUGAAGCUGUGCUGUCCAGCAUGGCUCUAAUGCAGGCCAGUUCCAUUGCUGCUCCUAAGAAAAUGAUGUCACCCUUGGGUCCAGCUUUAGGCCACGGUUCAGCCCAGAGGGAUGCACAGGACCGUGGGAUGCAAGGACACAUGGUCUUACCAACGAGCAUGACCUGCCCUCCACUGCUUCUGCGGAAGGAGAUUGAUUUUACAGCUCCCCGACUGCUGGAUGAGAAGGAAAUGAGACCCAAUGAAGACAUGCAGCUGAAGAAAAAGAACAGGAAGUCGGGAACACCCUCUAAAGUGAGAGAGCAGGACGGGCAAGCAGGGAAGGCGGUUGUGGAUGAAAAUGGAAAUUGUCCCCUUUCAAAAGUCCAGAAGAACUUUAUCUGUGAUCACUGCUACGGGGCUUUCAGGAGUGGGUACCACCUGAAGAGACACAUUCUCAUUCAUACUGGAGAAAAGCCUUUUGCUUGUGCCGUGUGUGACAUGAGAUUUAUUCAGCGCUACCACUUGGAGCGACACAGCCUCACUCACACUGGGGUGAAGCCGUAUGCUUGUCCCAUGUGUGAUAUGCGGUUUUUCCAACGUUACCACUUGGAGAGGCACAGCCUCACUCAUACUGGGGUCAAACCAUAUGCUUGCACCAUGUGUGACAUGAGAUUUUUCCAAAGAUACCACCUUCAGCGACACAGUCUCAUUCAUACGGGGGUGAAGCCGUAUGCUUGCUCCAUGUGUGACAGGCGUUUUUUCCAACGUUACCAUCUCCAGAGACACAGCCUCACACAUACGGGAGUGAAGCCGUAUGCUUGUUCCAUGUGUGACAUGAGGUUUUUUCAGCGUUACCAUCUGCAGAGACACAACCUAACCCAUACGGGUGUGAAGCCAUUUGCUUGCACAAUGUGUGAUAUGAGGUUUUUCCAACGCUACCAUCUCCAGAGACACACCAUCACCCAUACGGGGGUGAAGCCGUAUGCUUGUUCCAUGUGUGACAUGCGUUUUUUCCACCGUUACCAUCUGCAGAGACACAGCCUCACUCAUACUGGGGUGAAGCCUUAUGCUUGCACCAUGUGCGACAUGCGUUUCUUCCAACGGUAUCAUCUACAGAGACACAGCCUCACCCAUACGGGGGUGAAGCCGUAUGCUUGUUCGAUGUGUGACAUGAGGUUUUUUCAGCGUUACCAUCUGCAGAGACACAGCCUCACUCAUACGGGGGUGAAGCCGUAUGCUUGCUCGAUGUGCGAAAUGCGGUUUUUCCAACGUUACCACUUGGAAAGACACAGCCUCACUCAUACUGGAGAGAAGCCGUUUGCUUGUGACAUGUGUGACAUGCGGUUCAUUCAGAGGUACCAUCUGGAGAGACACAAGCGUGUUCACAGUGGUGAAAAGCCUUACCAGUGUGAGCGCUGCCAGCAGAACUUCUCACGGACUGACAGACUGUUGAGACACCGGCGAUUGUGUCAGGGUCGUGGCGUAGCAAAAGUGGAGGCCCAGUCUUGUUCUUUCACCCAGGAGCCUCCCGCAGCCCCUCCGUCCACGUGGAGUCCUCUACAUCCCGCCUCGGGCCGACUCGCUGUCUGACACCGUACUCUUGAGACGACAGCACACCCAGACCUCUCUCAGAGCCACUGGCACCGGUACUCCACCUGCUGACAAAGAGAUGCGCUACAGACAGGGUGAGGGGAAAUUCUCCUCUCUUGUUUCUUUAUAUAGAAACAAACAAGGUUCUCUUUUGAUCAUUGAGGGUUGUUUUAUACUUUUUGAUAAUAUAUUAUGGGGCUAGAAGGGGUUUUAUGGUACUUUUAAGAGGUGAAGAACAAAAAACACCUAACAUGGGAAUUUCAUUUUACUAACCAAAAAAACAAAAGGUACAACCCAUCAUCUAUAGACUGACGCCUUUUGAGACACACUUCAUUCAGAUCAGCAUCAUUUGUGAUGUAUAGGCCUGCUGUAACGUGCUAAGGGUUAGUAAUGUCCUACUACCAUCGCGAGAUCUGUUUGUAACACUGUACCCAUCUGUAACCAUAUGGAAAUGCACAGCGUGCUUCCAUGUAUUAAUUCAUUAUGCGUUCACAGGCUUUUUCUCAAUGAUAAAUGUUUGAUCUGAUAUUGUAACUAUGUAUGACUUUGAAAGAUGUGUAUAUUACUAUGUGUAACAGCUGGUUUGUUCUCUGUCAUUGCCAUGAGCUGGUGGAAAUGACACCACUAGUUGAGUUCUGCUCAGAAGUGUCCCUUUUCUGACUUGACUCACUUAAUGACUGGCAAAUCUCACCAGACCCGUCAAGGCCAUGAUUUGGGGAUCAUUGGUCCUCACAAUCAGACAUUUUGCAUCAAGAAAAUGGGGUCUGUUUUAUGUUUUUCAUUGUUACAGUAUUUUUUAUGAACAUUUAGCACAUUUCACUGAUAUUCUUAAUAACAUAAUGAAAAAUAGUGUUUUUGAAUAUACAUUAAAAUGAUGUAUUUAAUUUUGUCCUAGUUGCUUUAUUUGAGCAGUAGAGGAGCUAUCAUUAUUGAGAAUUAAAGAACAACUCAAAGUAGAAUGGUUGGUUACAUUACGUAUUGAGAAUUGAAGGUGUAAAAUCUGACGAAAUAUCAGUGCUUAAAAAUUAGGCUUCAUUUUCUAUAUGCCCCACCUCCUUCCUGAUUUUGGAGUGAUAUAUGGCUGAGAUAUGUUUUUCUGAGAUUCAUUAUAGAGUAUUGACUACAACAUUUAGACAUAUACAUGGUGAAUGACACAGUGAAAACGUUCAAAAGCUCCAGAUUUCAUGUACAGAUUUAUAUGUGCAACGUAUAAUAAGAUCUUGUGGCCUUAGGAUGUGUUUGUGUAUUAUUUUUUUUAUUUUUUUUUUUUUUUACACAAUUAUUUACAUAUUAUUUUACUGAAAUAUUGACAUGAGGACAGAUAGUCUGCCUGUUGUUGUUUUUUUCAAAGUAAUUUUUUCACAUUAUAUUGCCUUGUGUUCAAACGUAGCUGUGUUGAAAUAUCUAUUGAUAUAGAUUUGUUGUUUUGUUGUAAUAUCUGAGAUGGAAGUUUUAAAAUCAAGGUUUCGAGUGUGAUAUAGCAGUGUUGUCCUAUGCAUUGGUUUACUCUAAUGUGAAUCUGCAUAUACAAUGCCUUCAGUACACAUGGGCCACUAACAGAUGACAAGGACAGAGAUCUGAUGUUAUUGUUGCACCAAAUUAUAUUGUAUCUGUCAGUUUAUUAACUUCUCAUUCUAUUGUUAACAUGAUAUCUACUGUUUGAGGAGAGUCUCGUCUGUAUUUUCUAAGAGCUGUUGGACAAUUAGGGAUCGAAUUGGGCAUUUCCUUGCAUCAGAAUGCUUUCUGGUGAUAGUAUCUGGCAAAUACAAAGAGAGUAUAUCUUUAGAGGGUUUGUCUGCUGUUUAUUGACAAAAGAUUGCCGCAUUUCCAUGUAAUGACUGAUUUUUUUCUUUGUAAUGUUACGUUUAUAUACUGUAACUGAAUUGGUUAAAACUUUUAGUUCUAUAGUAACAAACUAUGUAUUUUUAUGCUAAUAUAAUUUUAAAACAUUGGAGAGGAAUGUGUGAAAUGAUCAUCUAUAUACAUAUACAGUUGAAUAUUGCAUAUACACACACACAUAAUUAGUCUGUAGUUACUCGUCAAAACAUCUCUCCAAAUUGUUGGGAACAAUAUUACAGUUUGCAUACUCCGAUAAAAAGAAAGCAAUGGGAGUUAUAACUUUAAAUUAUUUUAGGCAUUUAUUUGGACUGAGAAAGAGAUCAUCAGAAGUA